AUGACAGUGAAUCAGUAUGAGCAAAUACGUAAGUUUCUUCACUUCAAUGACAACAGUGCAAUGAUACCCAGGGGUGAAAAAGGUCAUGAUAGACUCUUCAAGAUAAGACCCAUAAUAGAAUUGAUGAGAUCUCGGUUUCAAACAAUACCUGUUGAGGAGUGUGUUUCUGUUGAUGAACAUAUAUGUUCAACAAAGGCUAGAAGUUAUUUGAAACAAUACAUGCCAAACAAGCCUCAUAAAUAUGGAUACAAAUUAUUUGUUAUUAGUGGCAUAUCUGGUUAUGCCUACGAUUUUGAGAUUUUCACUGGAGAUGAAAAUGAACCAGAAAAAAGAGUGACUGGGGAGGAAGACUUGGGAGCAAGUGCAAAUGUUGUAGUUCGACUCAGUAGGAUACUACCAAGAAAUAUGAACCACAAACUGUACUGUGACAAUUAUUACACAAGUCUGCCACUGCUUGUAUGGUUACAUAAACAAGGAAUUUACUCACUUGGGACAGUCAGAAGAAACAGAGUGCCAGACUGCAAGCUCCCUUCAGAAGCUGAGCUGAAGGAAAUGGCACGAGGUGCAUCAGUAGAGCGCGUCGUAACAGUGGAUGGUGUCGACAUAUCAAAUGUAGUGUGGAAAGAUAACAAGAGUGUGAUGUUGCUUUCUACACUUGCUGGACAGCAGCCUAUUCAUGAAGCAGGGAGGUAUGACAAAAAAACAAAGUCAAGAAUAACAAUACCUUGUCCACAAAUAAUUAAGCUCUACAAUAAACAUAUGGGAGGUGUUGACCUUCUUGACAGCAUAAUGGGUCGACAUAAAAUUCUUGUGAAAAGUCGAAAAUGGUAUAUAAGAUUGUUUUACCAUCUCCUGGACAUGGGAGUAGUCAAUUCCUGGCUGUUGUAUAGGAGAGUAGCAGAAACCAAAGGGAUUAGGAGAACUAUGAAACUCUCCGAAUUUCGAAUGGAAAUUGCUCACUGUUUGUGUCGCUCAGGUCAAACUUCAUCAAAACGUGGAAGGCCAAGUAAUGAACUCGAUAACCAAAUACAAGCUAAGAAGACAAAGGGGCCCACAGCACAUGUACCUCCAGAAGAUGUAAGGCUGGAUCAAAGUGAGGGAGCGGGCAUCAAGGAAUUGAGGGUCAGGAUUGGAGAGGACAAAGGUGUGGGUGGCAGGCGUGGCGGGGGCGGGGGUCGGGGCCGCGUCCAUGGGAGGGGAGAUGGCGGGGGGCAGGACCACCCUGAGCAGCGGAAGACGCAGACGGUGGGGGCGUGGGUGUCACUGAGACUGUGGAACGUCGAGCAGAGAUCCGUGCUGGCUUGGAGCCUGUCGGAGGCGGUGCGGGGAGCGGCGGAAAGUCUGUAG